UAACAGUUUACCGAAUCAAUGCUUCCGCACUAUUCAUCCAUGUGUGUUUAUAACAUCCCUUGCAUUUACUGAACGACGAUUUCAAACCAACCCAUCGAUGUAGCAGGAAAGAUCGUACCACAAAAAGACACGUGCGACAACAUCUGCAGGACGACUACGCGCCGGUCGUAUAAAUAAAUCAGUGCAAGUCAAUGCGUUCAGUAGUGUCGUUACCAACUUCCAUCCCGAAUAAACGCGCCGCCGGUUUGCACCAUCCACCAUGGGCUUGGCGACUUCUUCGAUCACCCUGCUAGUGCUGUGCUUUGCGGCAGUGGGACGAUGUGACCUGCCUCACUAUGUCGUGUAUAAGAGUUUCUUCACGGCCCUGUACGAAUGCGGUGAAUACCUCCAGGUGGACAACGUAACCUUGGAUCAGUACAUCUACUACGGUUAUCCCAGUAUUCCGGAAGUGAAACGUCUGAUACAUUGUGCCAUGGUCAACGUGGGAGCCUGGAAUGACUACAGAGGCGUGAGAAAUAACGUGUUCCGGUAUUUCUUCCAACCGAACGCAUUGGAUACCGAGUACGAGCAGCGAACGCAGCUUUGCCUGGAUAGUAUCUGCCCGAACGAGAUCGACCAAAACUAUCGAGCUUUCGAAACCUUUAGCUGCUACUACAGGCAGUUUGGCCGUCUGAUUAAGGAUGAUGUAUUCAAUCCCGCGGAACCUCUGGAGUUCUUCCAGCUUCUUCAAUUUGUUCGACUCACUCUGAACAUUUCUCCCGAGAAGGUGGCCCAGUUUGCAGCUGGCAAUUUCCUAGAUGAUCCAGUGUUCAAGCAGGCGCUCUUCAUCGGAGCCCUUCGAGUCGGAGCAUACAGUUGGGACAGGGGCUAUCUGUUUGAUGCCAGCUACGCGCAGUACAAUGUUCCAGAGAUCAUUUCUCCGUGUACCAGGAAGUGCGUUGAGGAUGUGACUGCUCAAUACUGCAGUGCCGAUAAGAUGGAGCAGGUGUAUCAAAUCUACAAGCAGUGCUUGCAUACGUUCUUGGACCCACUGUUACAGGGCAUGUUCCAGUCGGUGAUAAGUGGUAGAAUCUGUGAACAAGCGGUACUCUUCUAGUGGAACAAUUCGGAACUAAUAAAUGUUUUUGCAAUUUA